GUUGAGGUAUUGGAAUUUGAUAAACCAAGUUUUUGAGUGAAAGCGUACAUAAAUCCUAAUAGCACACUACUUGAUCGGUGAACAUGGGCGGUGGAGACGAUGAAUCGCUCGAUGCUGCGGCGGCGGCUCGCAGAGAGAGGCUGAGAGCCCUUAGGGCUGCUCAGGAACUCCUCAACACUCCCGACGACGAUGCUGCUUCUGAGAAUCAACCCGAGGAGAAAGAAAAUGACAAUGUUAAUAUGAAAUUUAGGAAUUACCUUCCUCACGACAAGCAAUUGCAAGAGGGUAAACUUGCCCCGCCCGUGUUGCCUAAAUUCAUAGACCCUGUACUUGCAGCUCCUCCACCAGAGGAAAAUACAGAGGAUCCUUUCCUCAACAUAGCACCAAAGAAACCAAAUUGGGAUUUGCGAAGGGAUGUGCAGAAGCGGCUUGACAAGCUCGAAAGGCGCACUCAGAAGGCUAUGUUAAUACUCAUGGAACGGGAGGAAGCAAACCGGAGGUCAGAAGCCACAGAAAUUGGUGGAGAAGAUUGAUGUAGUGACAUCAUUAUCCUUGUUUUUUUUUGAAAUGUAACUGAAAAACUUAACUAGCCUCAUGUAAUAGACAUUUUUUACUAUGAAGAGGGAAGAUUUUGUAACUAA